AGAUGGGAUUUUUAGUUUGUUUCUGUUAUGCUGAAAGAAGUUAGAACAUUGAACAUGUAACGGGCAUGCAUAUGGCAGAGCACAGGUGGUUGGUUGGCCACCAAUCCGUAGUUAUCGGAAGAAUACUAUGAUUACAAAUCCAUCUAAGGUUAAAGAUGAUGUUGAUGGAAUACAGGGGCAAGGGUGUCUUUAUGUGAAGGUUAGCAUGGAUGGAGCUCCUUAUCUGAGGAAAGUUGAUCUCAAAAUAUACAAAAACUAUAAGGAACUUUCAUCAGCACUUGAGAAAAUGUUCAGCGGCUUCACAAUUGGUCGGUGUGAUUCUCAUGGAAUACCAGGCAGAGAGGAGUUAUCUGAGAAUCAUUUGAUGGAUCUCCUGAAUGGUUCUGAGUAUGUCAUUACUUAUGAAGACAAGGAUGGAGACUGGAUGCUUGUCGGUGAUGUGCCAUGGGCGAUGUUCACAAACUCAUGCAGGAGGUUGAGGAUCAUGAAAGGUUCAGAUGCUAUUGGACUUGCCCCAAGGGCCCUGGAGAAAUGCAAGAACCUGAAAAAGAGUAUUUUAUCAUGGACACAAUAA